UUGCACGCUUCGUAGACACGGAACAGGUGUACAUCCUGAACCAACACAAUUCAACGAUCAUUUCUAAUCGAGACACCUUGGUUGUUCGAAGUUUUCUUCGCUUUUAAAAUGAUCCGUUAAUGUUUGUGAAAAUUUUACUUCAAAAGUAAAGUCAUAUUGUGUAGGCGUUUUGCGGUAUAAGCACAACAAGAACAAUAAAUUAGUGACUGGUUGAAAAUUGUAAUAUACGAAUAUAAUUUUUUCGUAUUUUAAAAGUUCAUUUGAAUUACCGUAAUAUCUGUGGAGUGCAAAAAAACUUUUUGAUCGCAGAAUUGUUCUAUCCACGUUAUGGUGAAUGAUUCCGUUCCGUUGAAGAAUUAUUAAUAGGGGUUCAUCACUCCGAAACAGUGAAUUUGAUGUUACUUCGAAAUGGGAACAAUAUGAUGUGAAUAGAAAAGUUAUUAUGCUCUAAUUGCCAAAGAAACCGACGAAUCGAAUCGACGUGAUGUUUUCACAAUGGAAAAACAAAAGGCCACCAUGAAGACCUUACUGUUCUGUAUUUUUACAAUUCAUCUUGCCACUUGUCAAAAUUUGGGUGCCGACAAUCGAUGUUACUUAGAGAGUGGAUCUUCUUCAGAAAGCUUUUUUGUCUCAGAAGAUCAACCGGUAGGUACAAUAAUAGGUCAGGUGAGAAUAGUUGGCGAUCCAAAACCUGGAGGUAACAUAGGUCUGCGACUUAAAGAAGAAGAUAGUCCAGUGGAAAUAGCCUCUGGAUCGAAAAAUCUUACAUUGAAGAAGCGUCUAGAUAAAGAAGGAAUCGAGGGACCAUCAUCAGUGUUUGUGAAUUUAAUCUGUGAAAGACUACACACAUUGGAUCCUGGUUUUGUGAUACCCAUAAAUAUAAGAGUGACAGAUGCAAACGAUAACUCCCCAAUUUUCAUAAACGCACCAUACGUUUUGAACAUAUCUGAAGUGACAGUCGUUGGUACGCGAGUGUUACAGGGUGUUCAUGCUGUAGAUAAUGACCAACAGGGCCCUUUCUCCAACAUUCGCUAUUCGUUGAUUCCUGGUAUGCAUUCGGAAUAUUUCGAAUUUGAGAACGAAUUAGAAGGAACGCUAGUGUUGAAAAAAUCACUCGACUAUGAGUCCCUUAAAAUUUUUGAUGUCCAUAUAAGGGCCCAAGAUCAUGGAGAACCUGCCCAAACGACUGAUACCGUUUUGACUGUUUACGUAAUGGAUGCUGAUGACCAAAACCCGCGGUUUUUGGACGACAGGUAUACAGCUACUGUGCAAAGCCAUGCUGUAGUUGGUACUGUUCUGACAAUAUUACCGAGAGAUAUCAAGGCCUUCGACCAAGACAAAGGAAUUAAUGCUCCAGUUUAUUAUACUUUCAACGGACUUGGUUUGGACUAUCAUCUCUUCAAAAUCAACAGGAAUUCUGGAAAAGUAACAUUAGCAAAAAAUAUAACCAGUGAUUCUUUAUUUCAUCCCGCUACACUGGUUAUAAGAGCUACUCAAGACGAUAAUCCUGACAGAUACGCUCUCUCGACACUAACAGUAACGAAAGAGAGUAUUAAUAAUGGUAUUCAAUUCUUGCACGAUGUAUUUUUUAUAUCUGCUCUUGAGUCUUCACCACAAGGAACGAUUAUAGGUACCUUAGCCAAUAACAAACCAGGACAAAGUUUGAAAUAUUUCGUUUCUGAUCAGAAUGUAUUGAAAACAUUCGGGCUGAACAAAAAAGGAGAAUUGUCUCUGAAGAAAAAAUUGGACUUCGAAGAGAGGGCAGAAUAUGUCUUCAAAGUUUUUGCGACCGAUGGAAUCACGAACGAUUCAAGUGUUGUAAAUAUAACCGUUGAAGAUGUGAACGAAUGGGAGCCCCGUUUCAGAUAUCCCCACUACGAGUUUUAUACCUCUGGAAUUCCAAAAGAACUUUUAGGAAGAAUUGAAGCAGCAGAUGGAGACACAAACGAUCAAAUAACUUUAACGUUGGUGGGAUCCAAUGCCACAUCAUUUUUCAUUACCCCAAUGGGAGAGUUACGUCUUCGAGAUGAAGUGAAAAGAACAGGAUUGGUGACUUUCGAUGUUGUCGCAACAGAUAAUGGUCAUCCGCCGAAAUCCUCCAGAGUUCCUGUUUCAGUUCAUUUUCCUGGAGAUGAAAAUUCAGCUAGUAUCAACGCAAAAAAAAGCAGUGCCGGGACACCUAUAUUGCUAGUUGGAUUGGGAACCAGUUUAAUGCUACUAGCUAUUGUUGUUGCCGUCUUGAUAGCCUACAUUUUCAAAGCAAGAAAAAAAAAUGGAAGAGAACUACCUUCACUUCAACAAGAGAAAAACCAUCGGAGUGGUUCCAUUACUGGAAAGAUGAGUAAUCCUGUAUUUAACGAUAGAUCGAGGAAUCCAACAGCAACAGCCAUGGGUGGAUUACCCAAUCUCAGUAUGCAGGUUUCAAAAUCAAAAAUUCCUAGUCCAAAGGUACAUCCAGCUCCUCAACCUCCGAUGUGGCCUAAUUCGACAACCUCCUCAAGGGUAAAAAAAUUAAGUUGGGGUGAGGACAAGACUGACUCCGAAAGCUCAGAAAAUCUGAACAAUAUGGACGUGACACCAAAAGUGAUGGAAAGCACUAAUUUGACCGUUUAUUUUUAAUGGAAUAACAUAUUCCAUUAUAGUUUUUUAAUUAUUGUAAAUAUUGAAAUAUAUUUAUGAGAAUAAUAAAUAAGUAUUCUUUUUAAU